AUGAUUCCCAAAUCAACAUUUGAUUCCAUACAACAGACGGAGAACUUGACAGAAAAUGAAUUUACUUCUUUGAACUUUCUGAGUCCAGGGAGCGCGAAGAAGGCUGGCAAAUGGGAUACUCAAGGUUUACAGGACGAUGGAAUUUGGGUGGUAUCAGCUAGCUUCACAAUUUUUACGAUGACAUCAGGAUUCGGAUUAUUAGAAUCAGGAAGGGUCUCUUCGAAAGAUCAAGUUAACAUUAUGGUUAAAAAUAUAGUUUAUGUCGUCUUCGGAGGCUUAUCGUAUUGGAUGUUUGGAUAUGGAUUAAGCUUUGGAAGUAGCGAGGCGCUAGCUAAUCCAUAUGUAGGCAUUGGUGAUUUCUUCUUCGAUCCAGAGGGCCUAGAUGAGAAUCAAGAGGGGUGGACAUACGCUUCUUUUAUUUAUCAACUGAGUUGUGCUACAACAACAUCUGCGAUUGUGUCGGCUGGGAUGGCUGAACGUGUUUAUCUGAAAUCAUACAUUGUUGUUUCUUUCAUUGUAACUCUGAUGCAUUCUGUACCCGCCCACUGGGUAUGGUCAGAGAGUGGUGUUUUAUAUAACAUUGGUGUAAUUGAUUUUGCUGGAUGUAGCGUGGUGCAUUUGGUAGGAGGUGUAGCAGGUUUGGUAGCUACUAUUUACCUGAAACCAAGGACGCAUCGCUUUGGCGAGAAUGGGCAGAAACGAAUGAGUAAUCCUACUAACUCUUUAUUAGGAACUUUUAUGUUGUGGUGGGGAUGGCUAGCUUUAAAUGCUGGUAGUACUUAUGGCGUUAGCCAUGGUAAAUGGAGAUUAGGAUCGAGGUCAGUCAUUUGUACUGUUCUUGCCUCAAUGGGAGGAGGUUUAUCAGCUCUUGUCCUGUCAAGUCUAUUUGAAAAACAAGUCCGAAUUGAUAUGAUGAUUGAUGGUUUAUUAGCUGCUCUAGUCUCUAGCACAGCUUGCUGUUCCUGCUUGGAGCCAUGGCUAGCUAUGGUGGUGGGAGCGAUUGCUGCCUUAUUGGCGCUUGCUAGUUAUCCCAUAUUGGAAAGAGCAAAAAUUGACGAUCCGGUUGGAAUUGUUCCUGUUCAUGUUAUUGGAGCUGUGUGGGGAAUGAUCAGUACGGGAAUAUUUGCAAGAGAUGACCCAUUCAACUUUGAAGUAACACGUAAACAGAAUGGAAUUCUAUAUGGAGGUGGCUUUUCACUGCUGUGGUCUCAAUUAACGGCCGUGGGCACUAUAUCUAUAUGGGCUUGUUUAGUAGCGUUCAUAACAUUAUAUGUUGUUCUACAACGAUCGCCAUUAGGCUUACGUUUGAGUCGAUAUGAAGAAGAAUUAGGUUCAGAUCUACGUGAGCAUGGCAUUCGUGGGCAGUAUGUGGCUCAAUAUCAGACAGAAAAAAAACUGAAACCAAAAACAGUUGCAAAUGUCAUGAUGAUCAUGAUGAAAUGGAAACAGAAGGCUAAAACUAGAUCUUCGCGACGAAAAGCUUAUGAAACUCAGAAUAUAUGGUCUAGUGACAUGGAGCUUACCCAUCGGUCGCAUGCAGUACCAUGCUCAGAUAUCAUUUCAUAUCCAUCCCAAUAA